UAUUUUACAAUAAAUCAGCGUCAAAUGCAUAUACCGAAAACCACUAUUCGCCACUUGAUUUUGGUUCCUAAUGAGAUUCCAAAUAGAAAUCGGUAUUUAUCUUUACACCUCGCAACCGCUUCAGUUAAUUUUUCUAUUAUAUUGGGACCAUGACUUGCUAAAAUAUGUUUCCCUGACUGAGGCAUUAGAACAUGAAUUGCAUAUAUUUUAAAUUAUCCUUGCCCGAGGUUUUUAAAAUUGAUCAACAAUUCUAUUACCUACACGUAUAAUAUGUCAUAUAUUAUUACUAAUUCGUUGUCUCUCGUACAUUUUUGCCGUUCUUUCUUGAAAGGCUAAAGCAUGAAACCAUGAUUACCGUUAUACAAUAGCUCAAUUUUCAACGCAGUGCACGUACACACAUAUCUGGCCUUAGGUCUCUGCCGGCAGAUCUUACUGUCCUUGCCAAGAAGCAUAAGAACGGAAAACACUGGAGGAAAUGUCGUUAAAUGACGCGGCGAAAAUACUUUCGUUAGAUAAUGAUUGUUUGGAAAAGCUUUGUAGUUUUUUGCCUUUUAUCGAUCAAGUUCGGUUUGGUCAUGUGUGUCAACGUUUUCGGUAUGUUAUUGAAGGGAUUUUCCAACGCAGGUUCAAGGAAUGUGUGCUUGACGACUUGAUUGAUAUAAUGAUUCAAAUGAAACUGAAAGAACUACGCAAUUUCUUUCGCUUAGCAGGACCACAGCUGGAGAGCUUAUCAAGCAGAACACCAUUUAUUGAUCGAAGCCGGUCGCUUGAAUUGAUUGCACCCUUCUGCACACAGUUAAAGGCACUCAAUUUGAGUGGUUGUUUCUUAAACGAUGAUUCGAUUCGAUUUCUGCAGUCUCUAAAAAAAUUAGAAGUCCUCACAAUAUCUGCAAAUCGGGAGAUAACAGGUGCAUAUAUAAAUAACUUGUUAACUCUAACUGAAUUGGAUCUUUAUGGUUGCAUCAAAGUUGAAACGCCUCAUUUGAUAGCGGUAUUCAAAGCAUUACCCAACCUAAGACUGCUUGAUAUACGCGAUUGUAUGCGAAUGUUACCUGAGCUCUUCAGCGAAAUGGCCAACCAUUGUCAAAGUCUUGAAGUACUGAAGAUGUCGUGUCCGAAAUUCUCUUAUGCUGCGGUAGCUUCAUUGCCGAAACUGAAAGAGCUCGUGUUGCUCGAUCGCCAUCGAUGGGCUACAACGAGGGCGUGUCUGUUUGAAGAAUUGUCCGUACGUAAGACCAAGCAAUUGGAGUCAUUGGAGAUUCAUACGAGAAAUUCUUUAUCAGGCGAACAUACGUCGCUCAUAGCAUAUUUAAAAGGUUUAAAAACACUUGUGAUCGAACAAAAUACUGCUGUCAACGAUCAUGCAUUGAGCAAGUUUUGUGAACUGAAGAAACUCGAAAUAUUAGUAGUGAAAAAGUGCGCUGAUAUAACCAACAAAGCUGUUUUGAAUCUCUUGCGAAACUGUCCCGUACUGCGUCACCUGAAUAUUCAACUUUGCUAUGGAAUUACAACUCCAUUCGUCAUUGAAUUGAUCUCUAUUCUAAAGGCUGAAGAGGGCGUGCGCAAAAAGCCAUUGGUAGUGCUAGUAUUUGGAACUAAAAUAGACAAGGAAAAGUUACUUCAGAAUGCAACAUAUAUCGAGGCUGUGGAACAACUUCUUAUCAAAGUGGUAUUCGGUAUUCCUCACUUUGAAUUAGAUAAUGGCAACUGUUACAAUUACAGGAGGGGAAAGGCUCGUCCAGACGAAUAUGAAGGCGACUAAAACAUGUGAUUGCGAUGGUAAUACUAUUCGCUUUGUCGAGAUGAAAAUGCAAUUCAAAUACAAAUUUAUUUUUGACUA